GCCUUGCUGUCUGUAUCGCUCCCUUGGACAAAUGCUCGACACGCUUAGUAUAACUCCUUCUCCUGAUCUUUAGAUUCUAUAAUGCGAUGCGUAGAUAUGCUCACAGUUAGAAUGUAUCCCUGCUUUUAGCCUAAGACUCUGGCCUAGUUAGCUGGGAGCUUUAAAAGUAAUCUCUGAUCUCAUUCACACACCAAGGAAAGUUGUGAGUCAACCAGCCGUCGCUGCUGCACUUACGUGGAUCUCAAAAAUAUGAUGUAAUGGAUUUAAUCCAUUCGGAAUCCCAACCUGACAACCAGCUGCACUCCCCUGUGCUUGUUUCAAGAAAUACGGAACAUGCUAGCAUUCUCGAAACAGUCACCGUCGCCUCUUGCAUCCAACCUCGGGACUGCAGGCCGUCUGUGUGGCAACCACUGCAAGACCUCCCUCUACCACCUCCACCACCACCACAGCUGCUGAUCACAGAACAGCCAAAGCAGAGAGGGAUGCGAUUUCGAUACCAGUGUGAAGGAAGGUCCGCGGGGAGCAUUCUGGGACAGCAUAGCACCGAUCAAAACAAAACUCUGCCGGCAAUCGAGCUGCGUAACUGUGAGAAUAUCUCUGAAGUGUGUGUCAGAGCUUGCCUUGUGUGGAAAGACCAUCCUCACCGGGUUCACCCGCACGGCCUUGUGGGUAAGGACUGUCACGAUGGCAUCUGUGAGGUCACUUUGCAUCCUAAGGAAGGGGAGACACAGCACAGUUUUAGUAACCUGGGAAUUCAAUGUGUGCGAAAGAAAGAGAUCGAAACAGCUGUCCAGCAGAGAUUAGGUCUCGGAAUAGACCCGUACCAUGCUGGCAUGUGGCGGCACCAUGAAGAGGUGGACUUGAAUGUCGUCCGACUCUGCUUCCAGGCCUCUUACUACGAACCAGGAGGACAGAGAAGGCUGAUACCACCAGUGCUGUCUGAACCGGUCUAUGAUAAGAAAUCCACGAACACAUCUGAGCUGAAGAUUUGUCGGAUGAACAAAGACUAUGGUCACUGCGAAGGGGGCGAAGAAGUGUACAUCCUGUGUGACAAGGUGCAGAAAGAGGAUAUCCAGGUGGUGUUCGGGGAUGAAGUGUGGGAGGCCCGUGCUGAUUUCGCACAAGCUGACGUACACCGGCAGAUUGCCAUUGUCCUGAAAACUCCUCCGUACCGUGACCUCCACAUCAUGGAUCCGGUAACUGUGUCUGUAUACCUGCAGAGAAUCACUGAUGGCAUUCGGAGUGAAGGGGUUAACUUCACCUAUAAACCACGUAUACAAGAUCUCUAUGGUUUGCACAACAAGAAGCGACGCUACUCUCCUCAAGAUGAUAUAAACGACCCAGAUCCACACUGCAUUGAGGCAAAAAGGAACCGUCCGAUACCUGAUUUUAUGGAUCACUGCAUUCCUGAACAAGGGACAGAAUUCUGUGCACAAUAUGCAGUAAAUCAUUACCAAGAAUACUGGCCUGGUUGCUCCUCUACAUUUGAAGAGGAUAACAUUGGACAAUCUCUGGUGGAAGAAGUUGGAUUGAGCAUGCAGCCACCAUUGCCUGAUUACAAUUUUCAAGAUCCAACUAUCCUACCUCAAUUCGAGGAAAUUACUUCUACCUUUGAUGGUGUAGAAACAGCAGAUCUAUUUGGGUCAAGCUUGGCCCUCACCGAACAGGGACAGGAGUUCCCAGAUUAUUCCUUUAAAAGAGUUGGUUAGACUGUUGAAGAUUGCACCCGUUAUUAAGAGACCUACAUUGUGAUGAAAACCAAUUUAUUCGUAUGUCACCAGCAAUGAAUAUUCUACACAUCUAGUUCAACUGAACUAUGUGUGACUGCGGUGCAAGUGGAAGCUAAUCUCAACCUCUGUGAUGGCUUGCUGGUCGUGUAGCAUUAAAGAAAAAAAAAGAAAAAGAAAAUCCCAUCAAUGCGAAAAAUUCUCACAAAUAUGGACAACCGUUAUGGAACGGAAUUAUGGGACAAUUUGACAGCAUGGAUUUUAAACUUUACUCUCUUUAUCCUGGCAUGUUACAGUAAUCCCAAUUCUUACACAAGUUUAAUUGCUCAUUCGUGAAUAACUUCUCUUGAGCUGUGAGGAAUAUGGAUCAUUUGUUGGACUGUGUGUCUGGGGGACAUUGGGAUAGGGGGAGAGAAUGCACUUUUU